UCCAGUGCUUCCCCCUCCACCAACCUUAUGGACCCACUUAGCCCCCCAAGACCUCUAGAAUACGCUCCUUUGGCCAUGACUCAUCAAGACUCUCUCUGAAGAGUGGGAAGAACUUGAGAGCAUGUUCAUCUUUAUCAAACAUGGAGGUGAGGGGUCUCACAGAGCUGUAGGGCUGGGGAUGUUUGAGGGCAGUGGAGUUCACAGGGAUGGUAUAACUAGGGAAGGGCCACAUGCCCCAUCCCAUCUCUUCUCAGAUAAUCAGCAGUUUCUGGCCAAUAUUAAUUGUUCUGUCCUCCUGUUGCUGCAUUAUGUCCGCCGUAAAAUGGGGCUGCCUAAAACAGACACCAUCGAUUUGUGUGAUGAAACGGGGACAAUGAAGUUGUUUUUCCUGACGAAGACCCCCGGAGACUAUGCCAACAAAUUACUUACACCUCGAAGCACCUACUUCGUUUGUAAGGUGGAGCGUGGGGCACCAGGAACUCGACUUGAAAAUGCCUAUAGGGCUUUUGUGCCCCUCCUGAAGAAUCCAGAACCUGAGAUAAUUGAGAACUUGCGUACACAAUGUGACAUCCUGGAGAGGAAUCGAGUGAAAAUGCUUAGAAGCCAAGAAGCCAAGAAAGUCGUUCCAAUUGACUCCUCUGCAAACCUCCCAUACAAAUCAUCGGGACGAUCAGACGAAGAGGGGCCCACUCGCAGGGGUCCGCUCUUUAGGACCAGAGCGGACUUUCUCAGUAGGAGAGACAAACAUCGCUAACAAAAUAAAAGUGACCAAUCAGGCAAGGGGAAGAAGGGCAGGGACAGCUGUCUGGGGCCUUGA